UUGUGCACCAGCAUUCUGACGGCGGGCCGCAUGCAGGAUACUUGGAUACCAUCUUAGCGUGUACAUAUAUACAGACAGGGGGACAGAACACGGAACGAAAGAGGUGCGGACCGAACGGAGACGGUACAAGUAAGCGAGAGCUUUUUUGCAGAGUCAGCUUGAAACGCUCUGUUGCCAAGCUUCAACGAACGUUACGCUAUUACAUGACGGCUGCUAUUACGAUCGGCGUUACAAAGUGGCGAACGACGCAGUUCGAAUUAAGCGAAAAAAAGACCAGAAGCGACAAGCAGUGCGACCCGCCGAAGGUAAACAGUAAAACAACGACCGGACUGUGUGGAGCAGCUAGCAGCACCAACAAACGACGGUGUGUGUAGUGUGCGCAUGAUUUGGCCAGGAGAAGCUGCUUCAACUGGUUUCUUUCCGGUACUAACCGCUUGAAAUAGAGCAAAUCGCCAGACGACAAAGGAGCGACGCAAGGCGGUUCUGGAGACUGCUGUAAUACAACGGGUUCUGAUGUUUGUAGUUUGGCGCUUAUUCAGUUGUUACCACUAUAUUUUCGGCUGCGUUUCCUAUUAAGUACCACACGCUCGACAACAACAACAACAACAACAACAACGACAACGACAACGACAAUAACAACGGACAGAUGUGCGUCGUCAAAUGUCUACAAUAACUUGUGGUGGGCGAAUGCAGUGAGAAGUGCCCGAGAAGACGGGGAAGACGAUCGUGGAAGAGAACCUUGAACGCUCUUCCAACGAUCCCAUGGCUUACGAUUCCGAUCGGAUUGGUGUACAUGGUGCUGGUGAUUUUGGUGUUGGAGUACCUCACGUGAACGUCAACAUGAUGUCGGGCCAGUACCUGUACGGGCCGAACACUAUGGUGUACCCUGAUCAAAAGAUCGAGUCGAUCUACGCCGAGGUGAUUGAGCCUCCGGCGAAAGAGGCGACGAGCAAUAGACGCUAUGUUCUUGCUGCAGUGGCGGCGAUGAUCCUCGCCGUUGUGUCGGUCGCGCUUACUCUCGUCAUUCUGUCGGGCGCAUUGAAUCAUGCAAACCCCGAACCUUUGUGGAACUCUCAUGCCGAACAGCUGAUCGAAUCGACGGAACGACCGCCGGCGGUCCCACUUCCCCGGGCCGCAAACAGUUUCGUUCUGGUUAGCAAACCUCAACCCCGGAAGCCGAUUGCCUUGCGUCAGCUGCGAGUUACGUCAAACGUGGCAACGCAGAUGCAAAAAUCGCACGAGCUCCCCACAACUGCCGAACCUGUUUCACAACUUCCGGCGGUCAAUGGCAUCUUCUGGAGUGACUCUGCCGAGGCGACGGUGCCAGGAGGUUUCCAGCAACGUCAGGCGAUGCACUGGAAGGCCACAGUCAAAGCUGCACGCUUCGUCGAUGUGCGCGAAGGAUGUGGCCGUAUGCAGAAUCGACUCGUUGAGCUAGCCGAUCAGGUACUAGCCUGUGCUCGUUACCGUCAAAACAACGACCAAAUUCAAGGUGAACUUUUUUCAUUCUAUCUGGCCCAGCAACUUGGCAUACCAAACGUCGUUCCCGUCAUUGCUACUGUCGCUACAGGCCCCCAAUGGAGCGAUGUCGCACCCAAGGUGAUGCAAGCGCAAUGGAAAUCAACACGGCCUGUCAUUCUUUCAAGGUAUCUCGACGAUCUUGAGCCUGCCUAUAUCCCUGAGUUAUUACGCGAUAAAAAUCGCCACCUUCACCCAUCCGACGUUAAGAACAUGACACGCAGCCAGAUUCAGGAACUGGUUCAGUGGAGCGACCUAAUCGUGUUCGACUAUUUAACUGCCAACCUCGAUCGUGUCGUGAAUAACCUUUAUAACCUGCAGUGGAACUCUGGUAUGAUGGCCGCCCCCGCGCACAACCUACUCAAAGACCCGCGAACCGGAUUGUUGGUCUUCCUUGACAACGAAUCCGGUCUCGUGCACGGCUACCGGCUGCUUGACAAGUACCAGAGCUAUCACAAAAGUCUAUUACAGUCACUCUGCGUGUUCCGUAAACACACUGUGGCGCAGGUUCGACACCUGUUGCGCACCUCAAAUGAAGAGUUGUCCCAGGUUCUCCAAAAGGCAUUUCAGGCGAACUCGCCCGGAAUCGAAGGUCAUCUACCUUUUCUUCCUCCAAAAUCCAUCGAGAUUCUACGACAACGACUUAAACAGAUCGACGAACAGGUGGAAAAGUGCGAAGCGCAGUAUACCCCUCUUUAGAUAUUUUAAUAACUCUAUCUUUGAUCAGUUGCUAGUAUCGAACGAAACUCUAGGUGUUGGCAAUUCAAUGAUUGUACAAACUGUCAGUGCCAACCAGCUGUAGAA